AUUCCAACACCCAAAUUCAGAUCCAGAUCAGUUGCAGGACUGCCAAUCUCCAAACACUCUUCUCCUGGGAUAUGAACACCCUCGUCAUCAUUUGUCUGCUGUGCAUCGUUGUCUGCAGUGCUCUGGAUGCUCAGGGAUCCGAGGCCACCUACUCGACUGAACUAGCCAGAGGUGGUCCAGCCUCCGGGGAGGGCCUCGUAGGUUCACACGACCAUGAUGAGCAGGAAGUAGACAAGGAGCAUUCAAGAGGAGACCAUCAACUUUUCUCUCUUCAUGGCCGACAUGCUAACAAAGAUGAGAAGAAGAAAAACAAAAACAGGCACAAGAACCGACAAAAGGGCAAAUCUACAACUCCUCAGAACCCGAAGUACACCACAGGCAGGUACAACUCCACGCACAGCACCACUCAGGAUCCCUGCACCUCCACCCACCUGGACUACUGCAUCCACGGAAACUGCAAAUACAUCGAGGGCCUGCAGGAGCCAGUGUGUGUCUGCAUGAAGGGUUACGACGGAGAGCGCUGUGAGAUCCAAACUCUGGGGACCACCAAGCUGGAUAAGAGCUACAACACAGAGCUGGUGCAAAUGGUUUUAGUGGUUAUUGCCGUUGUGCUGUCCGUCAUCAGCUGCUGCGCCGUCCUGCUCAUGACUUGUGCACAUUACAGGUCACAUAAAAACUUCUUGGCAUCCUAUCUUGGAACUGGGUCAGAGCAGGAGAAACUUCAAAAACCCAUGGGUGAUGUUGUGGUGUGAGGACAAAGGAUCACAACGAGCCAGCUGAACAAUUUAGGGAUAAAGAAGACGAGUCUGAAGACCUGAGAGAGGCGGUGG